AUGGAAUAUCCCGAUCUCGAUCGGCUUCGGGUGACACAGCGUCCGUCGCGGCUGCAGUCGCUGACUCUGCAGAGUAUUUUGGCACAGACGAAACGACCAACGGCGUUUUUCAUCACCAUCUCGCUGAUCGAGGUGGGCCGAGAAGUGCUCAAAGAACACCUGGACCACAUGACGGCGGAUCUGAAAGAGCAUCCGGAGCUCAAACAACAUCGUGGAAUGGCCACGAGCUACGUGGCGCUGGAGCGGCUAGUGUGGCUGAUCCAAAAGGUGAAUCAGAGCAUCCAGCAGAAGCCGCAACUAGCGUCGGAGAGCGAGGAGGAGCUGAUGCAGAACAUGAGCUGGUUUUCCGAGACUCUGGAGCAGGUCGCACGCAUGUACGCCGCUUGCACUGACGAGCUCAUGGACGCGGUCGUCGUCUGUUCGAUCACCAUCUACAUCCACGCCGCCUCCCUGCCCAACGUGGUGCCCAUCUUGAGCUUUGAACAAGAGGAGUCGGGCGAAACGGCGUCGGCGGACCUCGUCAGCAUCGGCAAAAGCGUCACCGACCUCGCAGAAAGCAUGGACGGAGUAUACACCCUGCCUAUUUGCUGGGAUCGCGAACAGACGUUUUUCUUGCCGCGCGAGGAAGACAUGUGGAAAAUCUGGCACUUUGCCGACUCGGAGAGCAAGGCCGUGAUUGGAUACGAGCUGCUACGAUUUAGCAAAACGUAUAUUGCCGUGGUGGAGGACGGUUCCUUUGACAAUAUGGCAACUUGGGCCCUCAAGGCUCCGGAGCUCAUGAGAUUGUGCAGAAAGCGAAACCCAUACGCUCUGUUGCUCUACUGUUACUAUCUUGCUAUCAUGUACUUUGGCUUGCCUUUGUUUGACAAGUUGAAGCGGGUGGAAAUGGACAUUGUGGAUAUCUGUGAGCAGGUGCCUGCCAACUUUCGACCUCAUCUCGAUUGGCCGUUGGAGAUUUGCUGUAGCGAGAGGGACUCGAGCGGAGAGUAUGAGUCUUUUAUGGAGGGCAGAUUGCGACAAAAGUUUCUGAGACCGGGUGAGGAGGAGGGGUUGGUUAGAGGAAGGCCGGAUGAGGAGGGAGUUUUGAGGGAGGGAGUUGGGGUUGGGUUGGUGGCCGAUUGA